AUGCAGUUCUCUCAGCUCCUCUCCGUUGCGCUUGCAACCUCUGUGGCUGCUCAGUCUCCUGUUGCUAUCGUUUACCCUGAUCCCGAAUUCGCAGGACUGGCGCAGGAAAUCGUUUCUACAGACCAGUGUGUCCCCAUCGAUCCCAACAUGACCCCUGAGGUGAAGUCCAUCCAACUCGCGUCAGGCGUCGUGUGCACCACCUACUUUGACCCCGCGUGCCAGGACCCGAACCAGCACUUCGCGGACACCCAGUCCACCAUCUCCGGCCCACUUGAUGCGCUGUCCAUCCUUUGCGAGCGGGUCAACUAG